AUGUUUAUUAUUUUUUUAAAAAAAUACAUAAAAUUAUAUUUAAAAUAUUAAUUAUUAUCAUUAAUACAAUUAUUAUAGCAUAUAUAAAUAAUUUUAUAAUUAAUACAUACAAUGUUUGAAUGUCCAAUUUGUUUAAAUAUAUUAUUAAGGCCUGUAACUCUAACUUGUGGGCAUAACUUUUGUGAAUAAUGUAUUAAAAACGAACAGUUUUGUUUAUUAAAAUAAUAAUGUCCUGUAUGUAGAAAACUAUUUUUAGUUAACUUAAGAAUAAUUAAAGUCAAUCUUCUUUUAGAUAUAUUUAUUAAUGAAUAUUUUAAAAACAAUAAGGAAUAUUAAUAAAAAAGAAAUUAAUAUUAUGACAAUUUAAAAUAAAAAAAAUUAGCAGAAUAUAAAAAAUAUUAAGCAAAUUUUGGAAAUAAAUAAUAAUAUUAUCUACUUACACAAGAAAAUGUUUACCUUUUAUAUCUUUAGGAUUUUCUAUAUUUUUACUAUAUUUAAUAAAAUAUUAAUUAUCUAAAAUUGAUGUUAUAAAGCUAGAAUUGUCAUACACGUAACAAUUAAAUAAGAUUUUUAGUUUGAUAAAAUACUCAAAUACAAAAAGUGAUAAAUAAAAUAAAGAAUAAACAGAGAGUUAAUCUUAGAAAAAUUCAAUAAAUUUAUAAAAUUUGGUUUUUACUAAAUUAAUUAAAUACUUAUUUACUAAUUAUAUAAGACUUUCUUUACCUUCUGAAUCAUAAUGAGACUAAUCUAUUUUCUUCACAAAAAUGUACUUAAAUAAUAUAACUAAAAGAAUAUAAGUUUAA